ACAAUGGUGAAGGUUGGAGUGAAUGGAUUUGGCCGUAUUGGACGCCUGGUUACCAGGGCUGCCUUCAGCUCUGGCAAAGUGGAGAUUGUUGCCAUCAACGACCCCUUCAUUGACCUCAACUACACGGCCUACAUGUUCCAGUAUGACUCUACCCAUGGCAAGUUCAAUGGCACAGUCAAGGCCGAGGAUGGGAAGCUUGUCAUCAACGGCAAGCCUAUCACCAUCUUCCAGGAGAAAGAUCCUGCUAACAUCCAAUGGGGUGAUGCUGGUGCUGAGUAUAUUGUGGAGGCUACUGGUGCCUUCACCACCAUGGAGAAGGCAGAGGCCCACUUGAAGGGUGGGGCCAAAAGGGUUAUCAUCUCUGCCCCUUCCGCUGAUGCCCCCAUGUUUGUGAUGGGCGUGAACCAUGAGAGGUAUAACAACUCACUCAAGAUUGUCAGCAAUGCUUCCUGCACCACCAACUGCUUAGCUCCCCUGGCCAAGGUCAUCCAUGACAACUUUGGCAUCGUGGAAGGACUCAUGACCACAGUCCACGCCAUCACUGCUACCCAGAAGACUGUAGAUGGCCCCUCUGCAAAGCAGUGGCGUGAUGGCCGUGGGGCUGCCCAGAACAUCAUCCCUGCAUCCACUGGUGCAGCCAAGGCUGUGGGUAAGGUCAUCCCAGAGCUGAACGGGAAGCUCACUGGCAUGGCCUUCCGUGUUCCUACCCUCAACGUGUCUGUUGUGGAUCUGACAUGCCGACUGGAGAAACCUGCCAAGUAUGAUGACAUCAAGAAGGUGGUGAAGGAAGCAUCCGAGGGCCCACUAAAGGGCAUCCUGGGCUACACUGAGGACCAGGUUGUCUCCUGUGACUUCAACACUGACUCCCACUCUUCCAUCUUUGAUGCUGGGGCUGGCAUUGCCCUCAAUGACAACUUUGUAAAGCUUGUUGCCUGGUAUGACAAUGAAUAUGGCUACAGUUGCAGGGUGCUAGAUCUCAUGGUCUACAUGGCCUCCAAGGAGUAA